AAGAGAUAAGAUGAGGGAGAGAGUCUUGUGUGGCCCACCAGCCCACUUGUCGUGCAGGGGAGGCCGCAUGAAAAAUCAGCUGGCUGAGCCGAAUCAUUUUCCUUUAGGAAACUGCAGCGAGCUAUCCUUCCCCAGUCCUCCCUCGCCUCCUUCCCCCCCGGCGGCCAUCAACGAGUAUACAUUCAUUUGGUCACCCUUUUCCCUGGGCCCUUCGGCUGGUAUUCCAUCCAUCUUCCGAAACAUGGGACGUCAAAGCUAAACACUCCUGGGAGAUAUAUGAUACCAUGGCGAGCAAGUUACAACAUAUGAGUGUGAUACCAAGGGAAUUUACCCUCCAAUAUCUGGAACAGAUUACAGAUAACUUCUCCGAGGGCCACAUAAUUGGUCGUGGUGAGCAUGGAGUAGUUUACAAGGGAGUGCUGGAUAAUGGGGAAGAGAUUGCUCUGAAGAAGUUAUAUCAUAUGCCAGAGCUUGAUGACACACAAUUCAGGAAUGAGUUAAAUAACCUUGUGAGAGCCCGGCAUCAAAAUAUUAUCCGGUUGAUUGGUUACUGUUGUAAUAUUGGGCAUAAACGUGUUAAACACGAUGAUGAAUAUACCUCUGCAGUAGUGGAAGAGAGAUUUCUCUGCUUCGAAUACUUGCAGGGCGGAAGCUUGGACAAAUGAAUCAUGUGCACUUGA